GACGGGAAGCCAUUUCGCCAGCAGAGUCUGAAGAGGUUUGAUGGCGCUGCCAGGAGCUGCUCUUCAUGGGACAACUUGACAAAAGAUCCAGAAUUGUGUUUCCGGAAUGGCAAUUGUUAUGUGUAUCUCUACGAGAAGGGACAGUCAUCACGGCAGGGAGCCGCCUACGAGGUUUCCAUCGACAGGCUCUUUGCUGCUCAGGCCCGGCCGCUGAUGGAGAAAUUCUUGGACCGCUCUAUGUCUGAGGAGACUGCUUAUCGGAAAGGUCGUAUUGACCUGUACGUGCCCGCACCUCCAACGGCAAACCGAUCUCAAGCAUUGCAGUAUCAUGUCGCAAUUCGGAAUUUCCUUGCGUGGGUUUACGGCCGGUCACUCGUCGGGGACCAUCUGGGCAAUGCGAUCAUUGGACUCGUUCACAGCAUGGACGAGUUUCGUGACCCUGGCAUUGACAACAUCAGGGACUUGUUGAACUAUCUCGAUCAAGCUGGAUACUUGGACAUGCGGAACCAGCCGCAUCGCGCUGUGGGCCUGUUGCAUGUUGCCGAAGUCUUCCAGAUCGAGAACCUCUAUAUCGACGCAUUCACGCAUUGCGUAGGGAUGAGUGAGCGCUUGUAUAAGUGCCCAGAAAUCUCUUGUGUCAGCAUCGCAUCACGGAAACUCAUCAAACGGGCGAGGGCGGACAUGGAAUCCCGACUCCGCCGCGUCAGCAUAAUGCUUAGUGACCUGCUCGAGGAGGAAUUGUCCGAGUCCCACGUCGGCCUGUCCAUGGGCGAGCGAGCACACCUGAACGGCUUCAGGUCUUAUAUCCGUGGUUUCUACAGGACAAAGUUUGGCAGCUUUCCUCCGCCGCCUUGGCACCCACGAUGCGGCACCAUCUUCCGGCCCGAGGUUUACACCGCCAUGAAAGAGGACUUCAAAGCGUUGUACGAGUAUCUAGUUGAUGAGAAUUUCACCACAGUCGACAAUAGCCCACCUGUCGCUCACGGCGGACUCUGCACCCUGCAGAGCGUCUACGAGUUUGACAGGAGGCAUGAGCUUGCCGCUCUGGAGCACCCCCUCCCGCUCCUCCCAGAGAUGAGGCGAGCGAAGCUAUCCCGUCGGAGGAGUCUCAUGCCGUGGCUUGUCGACGGUCUCGGGUUUCGGGAAAGCAGGACACGCCCCGACCAGCGCCACAGCGCACAUGCCGCCCUGCUUAGGGCUACCAACCAAGGAAAAGCUCACCUCCUGGACAACGAGCUAGUUCUGGCCUAUCAGAGGUUUGAAGAGGACUCGGUACUCCUCCAUCACCAUCGCAAGGGCGAGCGGGUCGAAAAAUGCCCGAUUGGCACGGGAGACGCCAGAAAAGUGAGGUGGCUGCUUGUUUAUGCAAUGUACCAGACGCUGCGCACCUGUGCUGAGGUCCCGAAAGAGGUCACCUCAGUCACAGAUGUAGACUAUCACCUCGGUGUCUCGACCAAGGGCACACCUCCAUGGCAGACAGAAGAGGGUGCCGAUCCUCCACCCACUCUCAACAGAUGGAAUGCCGACGAUUUCAGGCCUCGCACACCACAGCGUCGCCAAUCGAUCAGUGCUGCGCCCCUGCUGACACCUGUCAAGCCGUCCAAGAUCGAGUCAGGGCUCCAUACUGGCAUGGAGAUCCAGCCUGAUAUCGAUUACUUUGCAUUGACUCACCGUGGUGAAUCUCGCGCGCAGCAUGGCCACGACGGCCAGAUUGCUGUGCUUCCACGGUCGAAAUCACAUAGCUUGAGGAGGACCAUGUCUAUCCGCAGGUCACUGAGUGUUUUCAGGACUGUUUCUCAGCGGCCUUCAACCUCACAUCUAGCUGUCAGUGCAUACCCAGAGUGCAAACCAAUGCAUCCUGAAAUCAGCAUUCCUAGGUACGGCACCGGG